ACUUUUUCCUACAGGUCUGUCAAAUUUUUUGUGCAGAAAGGUAUUUCCACAAGCCUCAAUAUCUUCCUUCAUUCUUCCAUCUAAACCACAACCAACAAAGUUCAUCUUACCAGAGGUUUGAGAAUACUAUGAUGAGAGGAGAAGUUACCUUGUAUCUUCUGUGCCUUGUCAAAAAUAUAGGUGCAAUGACCAAUGACCAAACCAAUGGCUAAUUCUUGAAAGAGACAUUCUGGAAGAUUAUUUCAUAAAGGACAUACUCGAGAUGUCAAAAGCUGAAAAUUAUUGAUGUGAACAUAGCAUGACCCUUGCAAUGAAAUAUUGAGUAAAAAUUUGUUGAAUUGGCUAGCAUGUUUAGAAGAAACUGGUUUGGUGGUGCAGUUUGGAAGCCUAAGAAUCCACAUUCCCUGGAGCACCUCAAGUACUUGCAUAAUGUACUUGCAAAGAACCAGAUUGUGAUAGAGCAGAAUAAAAGUCUCCUGGUGGAGACACUCCGAGCAAUUGCAGAGAUUCUUAUUUGGGGAGAUCAAAAUGACAGCUCUGUUUUUGACUUCUUUUUGGAGAGGAACAUGCUCUCUUUCUUCUUGAAAAUUAUGAAGCAGAAAUGUGGAAGUUAUGUAUGUGUCCAGCUCCUCCAAACCCUCAACAUUCUGUUUGAAAAUAUUCGGAAUGAAACAUCCUUAUAUUACCUCCUGUCAAACAACCAUGUCAAUUCCAUCAUUGUUCAUAAGUUUGACUUCUCUGAUGAAGAAGUUAUGGCCUACUACAUUUCAUUCCUCAAGACCCUUUCCCUCAAACUGAACAAACACACUAUUCAUUUCUUCUACAAUGAGCAGCAUACUGAUGAUUUCCCUCUAUAUACCGAAGCCAUCAAGUUCUUCAACCACUCAGAGAGUAUGGUACGAAUAGCUGUGCGGACCCUCACUCUGAAUGUCUACAAGGUUGGGGACCAGUCCAUGCUCAUGUUUAUCCGCAACAGAACAGCAGCUCCAUAUUUCUCCAAUCUGGUGUGGUUCAUUGGAAACCAUGUCCUGGAGUUGGAUACCUGUGUCCGACAUGAUGCAGAUCAUCAGAGCCGGGGGAGGUUGUCAGAUCUGGUGGCUGAGCAUCUGGAUCAUCUGCAUUAUUUGAAUGACAUUCUUUGCCUUGAGAUUGCUGCAUUAAAUGAAGUUCUAGUGGAUCAUCUGCUCAAUCGUCUCCUCAUACCCCUUUAUGUGUAUUCCCUCACAAAGCGAAGGCGGCAUUCUCAACUGGAGGAUUCCAAACCUCAUAUCAGCAGUGUGGUGAGCCUCUUUCUUCUGUCACAAGUAUUUCUUAUCAUCACUCACAAACCUCUGGUCCAGACACUUGCUCAGAUCAUUCUCAACAAAGAUAUGAGUAUAUUCCUUGAUGGUGGGACAUCUUCCUCUGGCUCAGAUAAUCAUAAUUCCUCAGGGAAGAAUUCACCACCCAUGUUCAUGGCUCCUUUGGAAACCCUAGAGCAAUCCUUGGAUGAGGAGAUUCAUAGAAAUGAGGAAGCUGAAGUUGCCACUGAGUCCUCAUGGCACUCCAAGGGCAUCUCUUCUCACUCACGAUCAGAUGCCAGUACAAACAUCACUGAUGAGGAGAAAGAACGCCUGGCCUCACAAGACUCCCAUGAUGGAGUGACUGUUGAGCAAAGAGAUGAGGGGGGAGAGUUUUCCCUUGUCAAUCGCCCUUUUCUGGAGGCCGUCUUCACAGCCUUGGAGGUGUCCGAAAAUGACUACUCUGCUCUUUUUGCACUAUGUCUUCUCUAUGCUCUCAGCCAUAACAAGGGCAAAUCAAGCUCAAAAGGAGAGGCUGUGAUAAAAAAGCAUGGCUUUACCCAUUAUUCAGGAAUAGACAGUGAGUUACUGGAAUCAGCCUUGAUCCCAAGCAGGAACUCUGAUGUGAGACACCGCUACAACAUUCAUCUUGUGGAACGUCUUCUUCACAUUCUUACCUGUGCCUCUGAGGGAAACAGCAAGGUCCGGUUAGCAACGCUAGAGCUGAGCAUCAUCCUCCUGAGGCGGUUGGUAAAAGGAAACAGUGGAUCAUACCUCCAGGAUGAACACCUUGCUGCUAUUGAGGGUGCCAAGGAAGAAGCCGUGCUCACCUUACGCAAUUUCUACAAGAGUGAGGAAAUCUUCUUAGACAUGUUUGAGGAUGAAUAUGUGGAAAUGGAGAGAAAGCCAUUGAAUGUUGAGUACCUGAUGAUGGAUGCAAGCCUCCUGCUCCCACCGACUGGAACACCUUUUACAGGAAUUGAGUUCUACAAGCGCUUGCCAUGCGGGGAGGUGGAGAGGGCUCGGAGAGCAAUUCGUGUGUUUUUUCUUUUGCGGGGCUUGAGCCUGUGCUUGCGAGAUGAACCUGAAGUAGAACUCCCUCUCACUGAUCCCCAAACUUGUAUCCAAGUAGAUGAAACUCUUGACCUCAACAACAGUGACCUGAUCUCCUGCACAGUGAUGCUCAAAGAUGGGACAAAGUUACGUCGUUUCCUUGUCAUAGAUGUUCUGCAAAUCAUUUUAGUUGAGCCUGAUACCAAGAAACUUGGCUGGGGAGUGGCCAAAUUUGUUGGAUUUCUCCAGGAUGUGGAAGCAAGUGGGGAUAAGGAAGAUUCCAGAUGCUUGCACAUCACAAUUCACCGGCCAGCAUCCUCCUCUGUCCCUAAUCGUGUCCCACUACUUUCAGCAAGGUUCAUCUUUGAUGAUCACAUCCGCUGCAUGGCUGCCAAACAAAGAUUAACUAAAGGCCGUAUGAAGGCAAGGCAAAGGAAGGUUGUGCAAAUUGCCAGACUUUUGGAUUUACCUGGUUCUGCAUACAGCUCAUCAUCUUCAUCCCUCAUUACUGCUACAGAGCAUGGCUUUGCUCGUCGUGUAUUGCAUCGCUCCAAUGCCCAUGAUGGAUGCAAGAGGGAUCCCCACUCUCCAAUGGGUGCAAGAGCAAAAGUACCUGGUUUUGCAGCCAAGCUGAAGAGACCACUUGCUCAUGACUCCCUUUUGCUUGGUGCGAGACCCCUAGAUGUGUCAGCACCUUCAUUGGAUCAACCUGGUUCUUCUGAGAAGAGUGCAGGAGAGUGCCUACUUUCUGACAUCCCUGUUGUGAACAUGAGUCAAAUGAGACCAAGGAUACAACACUUCCAGGCACCUUCAAGUGUUGAGCGUGAUCUGAGAAAUGCAUCCCCUCCCCAUCAAUAUGAAACCUCUUUGGAUGCACACUACAGUGAAUCGGAUUCUCCUGACAUUCCCACUGAUGAGACUUCUUUCAUCAAUCAACAUGAUGACAUAAGUGACCCCAGCCAUGAAGGGCCAGAAAAGAACUCUUUUGGUCAAGGUACCCGACGUAAGGCAAAAGGUGAAAUUGAAACAGUGUGAUAUUUCUCAUUCCUCCGGUGAUCAACCUGGCCAUUGCUUUGGUCCUUAAUGGGCUUUACUCAAUUGUUGAAGGCAGUCCAAUGGUGUUACCAUGCUUGUGGCAGCUGGUCUUCACAGCAUGUGUGUGUGUGUAAUACAGACAUCUGCAUUCACACCUGCAGUCAUCAAUCACCCUUCACCUGCUACUGCAAGUGCAGCUAUGGGAAUAUAUCCUCACUGCAGUAUUCAACAGCAGGAAGAGUAUUUUUGAUGUUUGGGCAUUAUGGAACCCAUCUGGUACCUUUUGAUUGUAUCUGUGCCUCUGUGAGCUCCAUAGUGACUGUGAGAGACAAAAUGCUCAAUCUGAAAUAUAAGGGAUAUUUUCUUAACAACUAUCAUGAAAGACUUCAAUAAAGUCAUGUCAUGCUUUCA